CAAUUAUCUGAAGCUCCAUUUACUGCGAAUUGUUAUAUGUUUUAAUUUGAAAUUUAUCAGACCAGAUUUUUAUGAAUGAUAUUGUUAGAAAUGUGCAAGAAUCUAACAAAAUAUCAUUUCAUUAAGACUUACAACCCUUUGCAUUUUUAACAAUUUUAUUUCUCUAUCACCUAAUUUCUCUAUCUUAUUCCCACACCUUACUCCUUAUGUCAGCAAAGAAGAUUGAUUGUGUGCGGACGUCUGUGGUGGUAUUUCGUUUCGUUUCUUUUUAUUUAUUAUUUUUAUCAUCGUUUCGUUCAAGUUAUUAGCAAAACAGCAGGCAACAACAACGCAAAAGUAUAAUAAAAAGGAAAAUUGUCAAAUUUAUGUUGCCGAUAAGUGAUGUGAUGUGCGUGGUGCUCGCGAUUUACUUUUGUCAUUUCAAGACGGUGUUGUUUCGAUUUUUGAUUCAAUUUCAUUCUCGUAGAUCGUAGAGCUGCAGGAAUCGUCUCCGAAUAAAAUGACAAAAAAAUGAGAGACAAAACUGGAAGGAAACCAUAAAGCUCCUAAUCGAGCUUUAUAUAACAUUCCAUCGUCCAUUUUCAGCAAAAGGGAAGGUUGAUAAAGAUUAAGGCAGGGGAGAAAUUAAGAAAAGCAGUCAGAAGGGAAGGAAGGAGGGAAAAACGUUCUUAAAAAAAUAAGGUUUGAGUCAUAUUAGGCUCAAAAGGUUAUAAUUACCUUAACCGCACACAUAAUACAACACUUUUUUUAAAUGAGCAACAAAUUGAUUCUUGAUUUGACGGUUCGAUUAACAGAAGCGCUAGACCUAAACUAUGAUGUCGUUAACAUGGAUACAGUUCUUGCAGUUAUAUCAGCGCUUGAAGGAGCAACGAUUACAAAAGAACAAUUGGAAACCACCAGACUCGCAAAGCACAUCAACCAACUGCGUCGACGAAACAAAAGCAAUAUCCUUGCGAUACGAGCUAAAAAUCUACUCAAAAAAUGGAGGGAAAUGUUUGGAAUUACGUCGCAUGCGCAAUCAGAAGUUGGUGGUACUAGUACCAGUGUUACAUCAUCGGUUACACAACAAGCAACUUCAACACAGCAGGGGGCAAAGUCAUCUUUGUUAAGUCUAUCCCAACCGGUUUCGCCAAACACAAACACCCAGUUGCUGGGCGAACAAUUUGAUAAUUCAUUGUCUUCGAUUGGUGUUGAUUUUAAUCGAACAACAACUACAACAAAUACAACACAAGUAACAGGGGGUGGAAGUGGUAGCAUCAGCAAUACAACAAGUGCCAAUUUUAAAUUUAAUAAAAAAUCUGCAGCAGGAAUAGGGGGUGAUAAUGCUGCUGCAAUAGGAAGUAGAUCGAAUGGUGCCCUUGGUAAGUCAACCAAUAGAAAUGUUACAAAUAAUAGUUCACCAGCUACAAUUGCAAAUGCAACAACAAUAUCAAAUAAAGUGAAGCAUCCAACGAGUUUCAAAAAUUUGAUAACAGGAUUUAAUGUUCAUAACGCCCCCAAGCAAACAAAUUCCUCCGCUUUAAGUCCUAAAGUGUUGCCAUCGAUUUCGAGAGCCAAUGCAAGAAAAAUGUUUAUUAUUGAUGAAGAUCAUAAUCAAUCGCUACCUUCGUCGUCAACAUCAGGAGCACAAGGAAUAGCUAAAUCUACAGUUGUUGGAGUCACUUCGCCACGCACACACAAAUCUAUGAAACGAAAAGAGCGCAACUCCCCAGUAAUGACAUAUUUGGAUCAAUCUAGUAGCCCAAUUGCUUUUGAGAAUCUUUCACACGAGCAAACCACUAUGGCAACAGGACGAUUUUCGGCUCCUCAUCACCCCUCAAAUCGAAAUCAAAUUGUAACGUCAACUAUAGACCUUCACGACUCGAAUUCUAGUUCUAAUUUUGCGGGAUCAACUGAAAUUGUUAGCAGCACUACCACAACCACAGCUACUAGCAGUAAGGUUAAUGGCGGUUGUAAUUCUGGCACGACUAUUGGAAUAUCCAGCAAUAGCAGCAGCAAUAAAAGAAUAAGAAAAGACAAAAAGCGUUCCAACGAACGUGAAUUGAUUGAGUCGGAACAUUUUGAACCAACCAUAGACGAGUCUUCGCGUAUUGCUUUUCCUAUAUCAGGCAUUCAAGAAUAUUUGUCAUUGUCGAAUAGCUCCAUGAGCAUUUUUCCAGCUGGAUCUGGUGUUGGUGGUGGUAAUGGAACAGAGCGAUUCCAGUCGACUGCAAAUGAAGACAAUCAAAAAGCUGAUUCAUCGACUGAACGUGAUAAAACAGACGGUGACUUAACCUUUGCUGGAAAAUUUAAACUCAAUUCUGCCGGUGGCAUUGAUGUUGAAUCUAGUUCGAGUUAUUAUAAAGGAGGAGGAGGAGGAGGAACAACUGUAUCAACAGGGGGAUUACUCGCUACAAGAGGAGAGAAUAAUAUGUCUGUAAUAACAUCUGGUUUGGAUGGAGGGGGUAAUGGAGUUGCAAUAAAUAACACCAGAGCUGGUAGUGGUAUGGCAACAGCAUCCACUUUAGGAUUUCAUCCAUUUAGUCGGAAUUCCAAUGAGAGUUCUUCUAAUAGUCGAACAUCGCAGUUAGAUUUAAUUGAUGUUGUUAAUCAGGAUAGUGAAAGUAUGAUAACUGUUGAUGAUUUACGACAAUUAAACCACCAAAAACAGUCUUCCAAUGAAAAAUCAACGCCACAAGAUAACAAAUUUCCCAAAGAUGUCAUAAAUAAUGCAUCAAAACAGCAGCAACAGCAACAUCGAUACUCAUCUAAGGAAUACAAUGUGAAGUCGCGGCAACCAAAUGCCUCUACAAGAAGUAGCAAACCUUCAACACCUAACUCCUCAGUAAUGCCAAUUGUUGUCAAUGUCAAUGCAACUUCACCACCAGUUGUUGAACAAAAAGUACCUAAGAAACGUGGCCGCAAAAAAGGGUCAAAGGGAGUCGAUUCCGUUUUAGCACAGUCAGCUGGUUUGAAUACCCAAUUUCUUAUGAGUCCAGCUUUGGGUUCGAAUAAAAAAGUCAAAACUACUAGAGAAUUGCUGAUCGAUAUUCAGAGUCGCAAAAAAGGUUCAUCAGCAACUUCAUCUCCAACAUUAAUGAAUUGGUUUGGUACUUCACGUCCUGAAUCGUCAUGUUCCGAACCUUCCUUGCAUUCCCCAAGGACUUUUGAUGCUAAUUCGACAAAUGCCACAAUGUCAAUUGCGGCUCGUUCUACACCAGAAAAAAAUGCAUCUAACAAUAGCAUAGCAGCAGAUGAACUCUAUGAAUCUGAUAGUGAUACAAAUACAUCAGAGCCCUCGCACAAGAACACAAAAUCCCGUGGUAUAAUUAAGAAAACAGAAGCGGAUGGUCAAGGGAAUGCAUCAACUACUAUGAUUUCCUCUAUCGAAGAACAAAUAAAAGAAUUAAUGGCCAUGUUACCUCCAAUUGAUAAACAGAAAAUUGAUUGGGACACUUGUGAAGACGUUCCAUGUACAUGUUCGUUGCGCGAAAUACCACCUGAAGUUCCUGUUGCAGUAAAUGUUGAAACUGAAAAUACGCUUGAUUUGCUAGAAAACGUUGAUUCAAUCAAAAAUGAAGAGGAUGAUGAGGAACCUGUCAUAUCAGUUAGUAUACUUCCUAUAACACCACAACAACCAGCACUACCAGUAGUACCAUCCAGGUCGUCGCCGCAUCCUACUUCUAUUCUGCCACAUCAUCACACGCAAUCAGCACCCGUUUCUACCGUUACAUCACCAGCCUUGCCUCCAACGACAACGACCACGAAAAUAGGGGCAAAUAAUCAAAAUUUACCAACAAAGUCAAUAUUUGACCUUGAUUUCGAUGAUGAUAACGAUCCAUUGCACAUGUUUGUAGAAGCAGCUAGUAGAACUAAAAACGGUAUUUUAUCUCAUCAAAAUAAUUGUCAAGAGAGCUCAACAUUAAAGAAAAAACUUAAAGAAACUCAAGAAAAAGAUGAAGAGCAAGAAGAUCUUGAAAAAGAAACUAGUGAAAUUAAAGCAGAACACUCCAUAAUAAAAUCUCAGUCGGAGCAAAAAAAUCGGCCAAACAAAAUGCCAAUUGCACAGCAGCAACAACAAACGGUAGCAACUCCUCCAACUCAACAGCAACAAGAACCUUCAGAUCAGCAAGUGAUGCCCAUGUUUAUGAAUUUUCCAACAUACGAAGUGGUUGAAGAUCCGGCUUGCGAAGCAAAGCAACGCUAUGAAAUUCAAACAAACCAAAUAACCAAAUUUCAUAUAAACGCAUUUCAUAAUUGUUAUAUACCUAAUGUUAACGGUAAUUGGGAUCAUUCAAUACCAACAAAUAAUGUAGAUGGCGAUGAUGAAUGGUUGCAGUUGGAAAAUGAUAGACUGUAUGCAAAUGUUGUGCCAAAGUAUGGUUGUUUAGUUAAAGAACGAAUACCAAAGGAUCUAAGCUAUAUUAAAUUCACGAGCAACUUCAAGCCUAAUUUAAUUAACAAAAAGUCUGAUAAACCACCUCCGCUGCCUUUUCUGGGCGUAGCUAAUAUUCAUCGACGUCAACACUUUCAUUUGCAUCAUUAUCAUAGAAAUUCAAAGAAAAAAGAAGAAAUUGACAAAGAAGGGAAGAAAAGGAGUAAAAAUAAAAAAAAGAAAAAGACGCAAACGCAAACGCAAACGCCAUCGAGAGGAAUUACAAAAAAAUGUAAAGAAAUUAAUGUGAAAGAAGAAAUAAAAAUAGAAACAAAGACAGAUAAAGAGGAAAAUCAGAAUAUCACCAAUGUAUUUUUACAGGAAACAAAAACUAAUAUCACUAAAAAAGCUUCAAACACUCUGGAUAAUAUUAAUAUUGAUACAAACACUCAAAUUCCUCCAAUUGCGAUAAAAAUUGAAGAUGCAAGUGAUAAAAUGCAAUCAGAGCAUCAAGAAUCGAUCAAUGCGUCGAAUUCUUUUAUGAUUGUUUCGGGCAAUAAUAACAAUCUAAAGGAUGACAAUAUAGAUCAUCAUCAGCAAAAAUGUCCAAAUAUCAAUAAUCUCAUAAAGCACUCGUCCCAAGAAGAAAAUUCUGAACUAGAUGUACUACCACUAGAAAAAUCUCGGCUAAAUAGCGACCAAACACAGCUAUCGCUCACAACCGAAGACGAUGAAGAUAGGAGUAAAUCUUCCCCUGUCGUUAUAAAUGGGAAUGUUCCCCAUUUAACGAACAAUAACAACAUAAUCAAAAAUGAAGGUGAUAACGGUUUAAGUUGCCAGAAAAAAACACCCAUAAGUAAUCAUCAAAUGGAGAUGAAAGAUGCAGACGAAAUUGCAGCAAGUCGACGGAGCAGCAGUUGUAGUAAUUCUAGUUUAAAGCAAAAUCAAAAUUCAAUCAAUAUGAAACUGCGACAGCAUCGUAUGGAAACUUUAAGGUUGUCAGAGAAACAACAGAAACGCAAACGUAAACGGUUGGCUCCUCCAAAGACAAAUGACUUUGAGGCGAUUAUGAUAGGAAGAGAAGAGGAACUGCAACCCAAAGUUUCCCCACUAAUCAAGCGGAUAAAAUUAGUAAAUGGACAUUAUGCAGCUGAAGCAAAAUGUCCAGCAAAUAACAUGACAGACAGCAGUUGUUUAGAUGAUAAUGACUCGGAUUGUUAUCAUAUUCAUUCAGAAAAUGAAAUUAUCACCGAAGAAGAAGAUGACCCACAACCCGAGGAUGAAGACGAUGAUGAUUUUGAAGAAGUUGUAGAUGAUUAUGACGACGAGGAAUAUGGUGAUGACGAAGAAGAAGUCGAAGAAGUUUGUGGAGAUUUUCAUGAAGUAGUAACCCGUGAUAUGACUUCUUCUGCAACUGGUAAUAAUCAUAUAGUCUUAACCAUUAAGAAGACACCAAGUAAAACUAAUUCACCAUCUUCGUCAUCGAUGUCACCAGCUCCGAUGUUAGUUCAUAAUUUGAAUGCUAAUACUAAAAUCUCUUCACGCCAAGUUGAUGAUGUCGCUCUUCUUAUUGAUGACGAUGAAAAUGAUUCCAACAGUAAGCUGGAACUUGGGAAACUACUAGGUCUAAACAGCGUAAAGGCUAAUAAAGGCUGCUUAAUUAAUAAAACAGAUUAUUUUUUGCCCGAAUCAACUGAUGUAGCUGUUUAUAAUUUUCAAUUAAAAAAGAAUGCUGAUGAAGGAAACGAUGAUAAUGACAUGCGACCACUUCCUAUCACGGAUGAUAAUGAUGAAGGAGAAAACCAAGAACAAGGUACGGAACAAACCCCUUCUAGUGCAGGUUUUCUUCUUGCUGAACCUAGUCCAAACAUGUCCGAAAGCAGAUUUGAAAACCCAAAUAAUUUGGAAGACAAAGAAGAUAAAAAUGAUGAAAAAAGUCAAAAACGGCUAACAGGUAAACAUGAAAAUUUAACAAGAGUUGAACUCGCUGAAUCGAUUCGUCAGACUAAGAAAUGCUUUCGACGAAUUGAGAUGAAAAGACGACUUUGCCAGGGCAUCGAACAAGCGCAGAAACUUCAUCGUCAACUAUUUUUCCCUUACGAGUUGCAUAAUUCGUGCGGUUCGAAGAUUUUAGAAAUCAAUAGUUGUACUAGUGAUUGUACUGAUCCCAGCGAUGAUGACACCACAGAUAGCAGUGAUAGUGAUUCUGAAUUAACCACCAGCUCAAGCAGUGGCAAUGGUAAUCUCAAGUCAAGAGUGAUAAAGAUAAAACGACGUCGUAGAACCAAACCACAACCAAGUAAAAGGAUAACUGUUGCUGAUGGUGGUGGUAAUCCACCAUCGUCAUCUUCAUCAUCUUCUUCUUCGUCUUCAGAUUCCUCAUCAUCGGCAUCAGCAUUUACUUCAUGGACUACAUCAGAGGAUGAUGAAGAUGAUGAAAAGGUUGGUAAAAAGCGAAAACAACCCAUAAAAGCAGAAAACAUGAACCAGGAUUAUAAAGAAGAGGAAGAAAUUAAGCCAGAGGAGGAAGUCCAAACGGCAGAACUUCCGUCGGGUAAUAAUUUUCUAUUGCGAAGUUUCAAUCAUAUUUAUGUAUCGACCGAAGAACGUCAACGUCAACAGAUAAUUAAACAAGCUUUAGAAUAUCGGCAGUAUAAUGAAGUUAGUAAUAAUGGUGGCGUUGGUUAUAUAACACUAAGUGGUGAUGAUUCCAAAGAUGAAACAAUGACAACUAUGCCAUUGCAACAACAAACUAAUGAGGGUUAUCUAAACUAUUUUGAUGUGAAUUCAAGAUAUAAUGUUUAUGGAAGUCAAACAGCCAAUACAAGUAGUGAAUUUCCGGGAUCAUCAUCAUCGUUGUCAAGACAAAAACCUGUGUCUUCAUCUUCACCAACAACAGUAGAAGACACAUCAGUUGAUGUUGAAACAAUAGAGCUACCAUCAGCGGCGGUAGAAGUUUUAGAAGACGACAUAGCGGAAGGCGUAGAUAAACCAUCAACAGUGAUAUUGUCUUCAUUAGACAUAGAUGUAGAACUUAUGGAUCCAAUAGUAGAUAAAUCCACAUCUGAAAACAAUAGUAAUAAUCCUAUUAAUUCAGAUAGGAAUGUUGGUAGUAUUAAUAUAAAUAAAAAUAACAUAGUAAACAAUAACAGAAUUCAAGAAAUUAGUGUUAAAACCGAGCAAUUAGAAAAAACAAAAACAGAAGAUGAGAAAACAGCAGUUAAAACAGAAAUCAAAGAAAUUCAGAAUGAAGAAGAUAAUUUAGUUGCCCAAGAAGAAUAUCGCACAGGAAUACGCCGCGUCGAUGAAGAUGUUGUCGAUGAAGAUGGCAAUAAUUGUGCUCGAACACAACAAUUUAAAGAGUGGCACGAAGUGUUACAACUGCGGUCAUAUAAUGAUGAAUUAUUAACCGUUCUGCCUUAUGUAGUUAUCGAAUGAUAAAAAUUGAAAAUAAUAACAAAAAAUAAAUCAUUGCAUUGUUACUAUUAUUAUAAUAUAUCAAAUAAAACAAAUAAACAAUUAAUAAAAUGUGAAAUAUACAAACAAAAAAAUAUGGAAGGAUUAAAAAUAAAUUGUUCAUUAUUAUGUUUGAUUUAUUCCAAAUUAUAUAUUUUGCUUUAUCUAUUUUUUUUAAGUCGUGUAUAAUUAUUAUGUCAUUAUGAAAGACAACAAAAAAAGCAGAAUACAAUAAAAAUUUAAGCAAAAAAAAAAAACAGACAAUUUAACUAAUAAACAAUUGUAAUAAGUAUGUAAAGUGUAUAAAAAUAAAUAGACAAAAUAACCGAUACAAAAUAAUCUUUAAAAAAAUUAAUACUAAACUAAAGUGUCACAUACAAAUAUAAUUUGAAUAUUAAUUAUUAUUGUUCUUUAUUUUUUUUUAAUAUAAUUUAAUGCGUAUUUUACUUAACAAUAUAUUUAAUGUUAAUAGUUUAAUUUAAGAUUGCUAUAAUAAUUAUUAUAUUUUUGUUUGUAUGCUUUUUGUUUGAAUUUUUUAUUUUGUAUAUAAAAAUAAUUAUACAUAUUAUAUACAUAUGCAUAUACAGAAAAAUAGAAGAAGAAAAAACAAA